CUUACGGUGCGUUUUUUAAUUUCAUCAUAACCCCUUGGCCCCGUAGGCCUAUUAAGAGUGCCGUUCUGCAGUAUAUAGCCCAACCUGUGGCUAACAAAUCCUGUGUUCCCGUUACUACGAUUGGCCAUUUGUUUGCCAAUUAAAUUGACCGAUUCCACUAAUUAAUUAACGCAAACCUAUAGAAGUUGUUUGACACAAUUACUCGCUACCUAUUCAACAACGGUUCUUCCGCGCUGACCUGAGCGUUCACUAUGCCUACCUACCGACUGAUGUACUUCAACAACCGGGGCAGGGCCGAGGUGACGCGCCUGUUGUUUAAACUUGCAGGACAGGAGUUCGAAGACGUCAGGGUCCCGCACAAGGAUUGGCCUACCGAAAAAUCAAAGUUCCCACUGCUACAGCUGCCAGUGCUGGAAAUCGAUGGGCAACAGAUACCACAGAGCCGGGCCAUGGCGGGGUAUUUAGCCAGAGAAUUCGGGUUCCACGGGAGCGAUAGCUGGCAGACGCUGAUGGUGGAAGUGAUCUGCGAUACUGCGGAUGACCUCUUGCAACCUCUAGGAGAUGUGCUUUUCCUCGAGAAAGAUGAAUCCAGGAAGGCCGAAGCUAUUAAGAAUUAUUACGAGAACAGAGCUCCUGUGAUAUUAGAGUGUCUUGAAAAGUACCUGGUGAAAAACGGAGGAGGUGACGGCUUCUUCAUCGGAGACAAGAUUUCCCUGGCCGAUAUCAGUGUUUGGGUCAGUCUGGACGUGUGCUUCGGCCAGCGGAAGGAUAUUCUGGCCAAGUACCCCAAGCUGGUCAAACUGAGCGAAAGAGUUGAUGUCAUCUCACAGUCCUAA